GAUAACAUUUAAUGAGUAAUUACUGUGUGCCAAGUGUGCCAAACUCUAGGUGAGCCUCACAAUAACCUAAUGAGGUAUUAUUAUUCCCAUUUUAUAGAUUAAAAAUCUGGGGUAGAGGGAGUAGAUAAUCCACCUAAAGAUCUGUUAUUAAGUAGUGAUAAAAGAUCUCCACUACCUCUCUCCCCCACAAAAAAUAUGGACUCAUUACAAGUUGCUUUAGGAUCUACCUCCAGACCCAUGGAGUUUCUUUAGUAAAAUCUGAACGACACAGGCCAAAAUAAUCUCCAAAGGCCAGCUCUGACACUUUUAAAUCAAUUUUAGCUAAAUCCGUUCACAAAAGGCUUCGCACAUCCAGUGUCCCUGAAGGAUGAAGGAGGUUAGGCAGGCCCUGCGGGGGCUCGAGGAAUUCGCUGAGUGAGUUUUCUGGCUUCUGAGUACACUUUAAAAUGGCCAGAGGGCGCGAGGCUUCCGGCUAGGCCUCCACCUCCCCGCCCAGUUGUGGUGUUUGCAGCCAGUGUUGUCGGGCACUUCCUCGUUCCCGCGCGCCCCGGGCGCAGCUCCCUGCACCCAGCGCUAGCGCUCCUCAGAAGGGAGGGGGCCAGAGGUGAGAUUUCGCAACCGCCUCCCUCCCUCUUUCCCCGCCUUGGCACUCAGUAGUCUCCCAGAUGAGCACUCUCUCAGACCGUUGCGGGCCGCCAGGCGCCGGGAAUGUCCCCUGAAUGCGCGCGGGCAGCGGGCGACGCGCCCUUGCGCAGCCUGGAGCAAGCCAACCGCACCCGCUUCUCCUUCUUCUCCGACGUCAAGGGCGACCACCGGCUACUGCUGGCCGCAGUGGAGACAACCGUGCUGGCGCUCAUCUUUGCAGUGUCGCUGCUGGGCAACGUGUGCGCUCUGGUGCUGGUGGCGCGCCGACGACGCCGCGGCACGACUGCCUGCCUGGUGCUCAACCUCUUCUGCGCCGACCUACUCUUCAUCAGUGCGAUCCCUCUGGUGCUGGCCGUGCGCUGGACCGAGGCAUGGCUGCUGGGCCCCGUUGCCUGCCACCUGCUCUUCUACGUGAUGACCCUGAGCGGCAGCGUCACCAUCCUCACGCUGGCCGCGGUCAGCCUAGAGCGCAUGGUGUGCAUCGUGCACCUGCAGCGCGGCGUGAGGGGUCCUGGGCGGCGGGCGCGGGCAGUGCUGCUGGCGCUCAUCUGGGGCUACUCGGCGGUCGCCGCUCUGCCUCUCUGCGUCUUCUUCCGAGUCGUCCCGCAACGGCUCCCCGGCGCCGACCAGGAAAUUUCGAUUUGCACACUGAUUUGGCCCACCAUUGCUGGAGAGAUCUCGUGGGACGUGUCUUUUGUUACUUUGAACUUCUUGGUGCCAGGACUGGUCAUUGUGAUCAGUUACUCCAAAAUUUUACAGAUCACAAAGGCAUCAAGGAAGAGGCUCACAGUAAGCCUGGCCUACUCGGAGAGCCACCAGAUCCGCGUGUCCCAGCAGGACUUCCGGCUGUUCCGCACCCUCUUCCUGCUCAUGGUCUCCUUCUUCAUCAUGUGGAGCCCCAUCAUCAUCACCAUCCUCCUCAUCCUGAUCCAGAACUUCCAGCAAGACCUGGUCAUCUGGCCGUCCCUCUUCUUCUGGGUGGUGGCCUUCACAUUUGCUAAUUCAGCCCUAAACCCCAUCCUCUACAACAUGACACUGUGCAGGAAUGAGUGGAAGAAAAUUUUUUGCUGCUUCUGGUUCCCAGAAAAGGGAGCCAUUUUAACAGACACCUCUGUCAAAAGAAAUGACUUGUCAGUUAUUUCUGGCUAAUUAGUUUUUCUUUAUAGGCAGAGUUUCUCACACCUGGUGAGCUGUGGCAUGCUUUUAAACAGAGUUCGUUUCCAGUACCCUCCAUCAGCGUACCCUGCUUUAAGAAAAUGAACCUAUGCAAAUACACAUCCACAGCAUGGGCAAAUCAAGGGGUGAUCAUCCAGUUUUGCAAUAUUUUCCCUUUAUAAAAGGAUCUGUUGGCCAGGUGUGAUGGUUCAUGCCUGUAAUCCCAGCACUUUGGGAGACCGAGAUGGGUGGAUCACAUGAGGUCAGGAGUUCGAGACCAACCUGACCAACAUGUUGAGACCCCCCCAUCUCUACUAAAAAUAAAAAAAAAAAUUAGCUGGGAGUGGUGGUGGGCACCUGUAAUCCCAGCUACUUGGGAGGCUGAACCAGGAGAAUCGCUUGAACCUGGCAGGCAGAGGUUGCAGUGAGCCGAGAUCAUGCCACUGCACUCCAACCAGGGCAACAAGAGCGAAACUCCAUCGUUUAAAAAAAAAAAAAAAAGGAUUUGUUAUGGGUUCCUUUUAAAUGUGAACUUUUUUAGUGUGUUUGUAAUAUGAUUGAAUUUAAUAAAUAUUUAUUUAUGACUGUUCAGCAAUCACAUCUCCUACAUAUAAAGCCACACCAUAGUGGUUUCUGAAGUGAGUCUUAGAACCGAUUCAGGAUGCAGAUUUCUCCUCUGAAGGGUCACAGCCACCCUGUGCCCUACCUGGGACUCACAAGACUUUAGGAUCAUUCACUGAUGUCAAGAGCAAUUGAAGAAUUUCCAAGGAACAGUUAAGGGUGACUUACUUUUUUUUUUUUUUUUUUCAUUUAUAAAAAAUGCCAUGGGCCCUUUUAAGAGAAUCAGUGUCACAAAAUCAGAGAGAAAGCAGGAUGACUCUGAAAUGUUUGCGAGUGAGUUCACGGAGUGGUUUACUCCUGAUCCAUCCAGCAGAGAUGCCGCUUAAGCACCAGCCAUGGCAGACAGUGUUCUUUGUGCUGGGAAUUCAGUGGUGAACCAGACAGCCAUGGCCCUCUCUCAGGGAGCUUACCUUCAAGUCAGGGAUAGAAAAACUAAAUAAAAGUCAAUGAAUUAUAUCUAUAUACAGAUAUAUAGAUAUAUUUGAGAUGAGGGUCUUGCUCCAAGGCCCAGGCUGGAGCGCAAUGGCACAAUCACGGCUCCCUGAAACCUCAAAUGCCUUGGCUCAAGCAGUCCUCCCGCCUCAGCCUCCCAAGUAGCUGGGAUUACAGGCAUGAGCCACCAUGCCUGGCUACAAAUCAAUAAAUAGCAUAGCAUCACACAGUGAAUAAGCACUGUGAAGAAAAUGGGGCGGGGGCUAUGGUAGUGAUGGGAACUUAGAUCAGGUGGGGAGGGGCCUAAGAAGACCUUUCUGAGGAGUGACAUUUGGAUCAAAAGGUAAGCGACAAGAAAGGGCCACCUGUGUGAAUAGGGGGAAGGGACACAGAAGAGAUGUUAGUGCAAGGAGGCUGACAUGCUUGUAGGGAGAGUGGUGUAAACCGACUAUUGAUGGAGCCUCAUCUGCACUAGGCACUGCCUUUAAUGCUGAGAUGAGGGGUACCCAGCUGGGGCCUGUCAGAUGAGGCCAGAGAAAUUGCAGAGCUAGAUCACAUACAGCCUAGGAGUUUAUUCUGUGCUCCAAGCCCCUGGAGGUUUGCAACUGGAGACUGAUGUGACCUGAUGAAUGUGUGCAAAGAUUACCCUGGCUGCCGUGCAGGGAAUAGACUCUGAGGAGCAUGAGUGAAAAUAGAGACCAGUCGGGCAGCUGCUGAAGUGGAACAAGGGGAUGGGACCUUGGAGGUGAGUGGCAUUAGGGAGGGAUUGUGAGAAAUGACUUGUAAAUAUACUUUGGGAAGGUAAAACAAAGAGGAUUUAUUGAUGGAAAGGAUGGAAUUGAUAGAAUGUGAGGGAAAGAGAGCGUUCAAUGGGAAUACCCUGACUUUUUAGCCUAUCAUGAGUUGAAUGGUGAAGCAGGCAACAAAAAUGGGGGAGCCUGGGCAAAGAUUAGGGGUGGGGGAGCCAAGAGUUUCAUUUGGAGCUCAUAAGUUUGAAAUCCUAGUGAGACUUCCAAAUUGAAUAGGCAGUUGGAUGCAGAAAUGUGGAGCUUGGGCCUGGAGAUGCACAUUGUUUGGAGUUGUAAAUGGUGUUUAUAGGCCUAUGGUUUUAUAAAACCUCCCUUGGAGAGAUAAAGAAAACCAGAGUCAAAAAUUGAACCCAGGGACACUCCACCACUUGGAGGUUGGGCCAGUGGCUGGAAUGCACAGCAGCACAGGGCCUGGCAUAUAGCAGGUGUUCAGCCAACCUUUGCUGCUGGUGAGGAAAUCAGUACCAGCAGUAGUGACUGCUUAUGCAGUCUCUGGAGCAACUUGCUUCUGAAGUCAGAUUCAUGGAAAUCACAAGCUCGAGGACAAAUGAACAGAGAUGUUUUGCUCACUUUAGUUAAUAGAUUUGAUCAAUUAAACCUGUUUUUGGAAGUGA